GGAUUGCGCUUUUGUGCUUGCCUGUCCUCCAUCACCAGCCAGCCGGGUGCUUGUUUGCGUCUUUGCGUCUUUGCCACCCACACAACGCACACGCCAGCGCUGUGCUUGGUGUUGGGAUCCCUCGGCCAACGCAACAGCAGAACAACAGGAGAAGCCAGAAGGGGUAAAAGAGAAGAGCCACCGUACCACGGGCAUACGCUCAAUUGAUUCAGCAAGCCAUUGCGGUGUUGUUGCAGUUGUUGCGGGUGUUGUUGCAGUUGUUGCUGUAUUGUCGUGCUGGGCAGACCCGUGAGUGCGCACGCACACACGAUGGAGUACUUGCGCAAAUGGGCGGAUGGGUUUGCCGGGCUGGACGAUUCUGGCCCCGCACCCGAUAUUGUUGUGGACGAGGACGUCAAGCAACAGGUCAAGUCCAUCCUUGCACCACGGUAUCGCAAAAAGAGGCAUCCUUACGGCCAGUUCAAAGGAACGGACAGAAGCAAACACGAAGAGACGAAUGGGCGCGAUCCCAAUCGCCGCGUGCGCAUCAUGCUGCCCACAUCCCACGUCGAGCGUCGGCGACGCAGGGUUCAGUCGGUGUCUCGACAGCAGCGCAGCGUGGGCGUGACACUGGCUGACGUGAUUCACAUUUACGACCAGGCGUGCCGCACCCGCAACUGUCGCCCGCUGGCGCCAAUCGUCGAGCAACUCUUGCGCGGAUCACAAGGAGACGAACAGGCAGCACGUGCGCUCACGCUAGCAGGGGUGGCGAGCGUGUCGCGGCCGCAGGUUGAGGCGCUGUGUCAGAUCAUUGCCAACAACACGUGGCUCAGAGACAUCGACGUCUCCGGUGCUGGUCUGGACGAUGCUGCUGUGCAUCUCCUCUGUCAGCACAUUCUCCUCCGGCGCUGCUGCUCAAAGCUCAACCUCGCAGACAACCACUUCUCGGCCCCGGGGAUGGGCGCGAUGUGUGACGUUUUGCAACGGAGCAUGCUGCUGACAUACCUUAACCUCUCGGGCAUCCCCUUCAACCGCAAAAUGGGGCAACUGCUCCGCGCGACGCUCCCGCGGUCCAAAUUGCACACUCUCAUCAUGCACCGAUGCGGCCUGCACGAUGUGGGCACGCUGACGCUUGUUGCCUCGGGCUGUGCUUCUUGCUCGAGCCUGCUCAACAUCAGCUUCAAAUCAAACAACAUUCCUGCUGGUGGCGGCAAGUGGGUUGCGCUGCCACUCAAGGCACAGGCCAUCGAAUGUCUCGAUCUCAGAUGCAACAACCUCGAAGAUCGCGGUGUUGCGGAUAUCGCCAUGGCUCUCGCGCAGGGCGGCAGCGUCCAGAAGCUGGUUUUGUAUGACAACAGCAUCUCUGUCCACGGCGCCAUUCGUCUCAUCAAGGCGAUCCCGAACGAUUCGCCACUGGAGUCGCUGGACCUGAGCUUGAACCCCAUUGGUCACAUCGAGACGGUCUCUGCGCUGAAGCGUACACUCCUCGGGAACACCACGCUGAAGAAUCUGUUUCUGUGGAACGUGGACAUGCGUGACGACGGUGCGAUUGCGCUGGCCGAGUUGUUGGCGGAGAACCACACACUCGAGCGCAUUGAGCUGCGACAAAACUCCAUCGGCAUGGCUGGCCUCAUGGCUCUCAGCCACACGAUUCGCUGUAACAAGACGGUCUUCAAGCUGCUGCUCGAUGUGCCCUUGCACCGCACGCAGCAAGAGGAGGACGACUUUCAGCUGAUGUACACGCAGAUCCAGCAGGCGUGUGCACGGAAUCUGGCUGCGCGGGUGCCUGUCUCCGAACAACACGAACGACGCAUGGAGCGAUUGCAGUUGCGGUCACAGCCAGAGAGCACAACGCAGCGCCACGACGACGGCUCGCCGAUGGUCGUGUUCCAUCCAGGCACUGAGGACCAUGAGCUGAUGCAGUGCUGUGGCCGUGACGGUGACAGUGAUGGUGGUGAUGACGACGACGAUGAUGAUGAUGAGGAUGAUGGUAGUGGUGAUGGUGAUGAAGGAAGUAGUAGUGCUGAUGGCAAGGAGGGUGACGUUGCGGCGAGGGCGAUGGCGGAACACGAGCGUGAAGGAGAGGCGCUCAAGCAGCAGCGAGAGGCGGUGGAGACGAGGAGGGGAGCUGAUGAUGCAGACGAGGGGGAGGGCGUCGAGGACACACACGGAACUGAGGGGACGCAGCCAGAUACUGUGGACACAGUGCAAGGCGCUGACAAGACACCAAAAAACGGGCAGCAGCAACAACAACAACAACAACAACAACAACAACAACAACAACAACAACAACAACAACAACAACAACAACAACAACAACAACAACAACAACAACAACAACAACAACAACACGAUCAGCAUGAUGCGUCGUGUGCAGACGCUGAAAGCCACACCACAAUGAACGGCGAGUCCGAAGCAGAGCCGGCAGCAGUCGAGAGCAGCAGCAGGAAGGAAGAAGCACCAGCACCUGUUAGUGGUGGUGAUGGCGGUGAUGAGGACAGAUUUGAGGCGCACACAGCUUCACUGCCACGCCCAGAGCAAGAACAAGGGAGGGAUGCACAAGAACAGCCGCAACCAGAGGAGGAGGAAGGGGAACAAGACUCGCCACAACAACAGCAGCAACAAGAACAAGAACGCCACGGUGCUGAUGAUGAUGGCGGGGACGAUGUAAUUGGUGCCGCUGUGAACAAUAUCUCUUCUCACGCCACAGACAGUGCUGCAACUAACACACACGCGAACGGCAGAAAUGGCAUGCACGGCACCGUCAAGCCAAAGUUCGUGUUGCCGGACCACACAAACCGCUCCAGCAGCAUCAGCGACAACACCGCGCGCACUGUCGCUUCCCCCACGCAGCAGCUCACAGCUGUUGACUCGCUGGAUUCCGCCGCAUAAUCGUUCCACCCGUCCCCUCUUGACCAUCACGUGGUCCCUCCCCUCUCUCACCAUCACAUGGUCCCUCUCCUUUGAUGAUCAAAGCUUUUCUCGUUCUUGCUUGCUUGCUCGCCAAUGUGUUCUGGUGCAAUGACAUGAUGUGCACACGUCGUGUUGCCCCGCGCGCUGUAUUUUUUCACUUCAACGCAUGUUCUUGUUUCCAUUUUUGUGCCCUCUUGUGUUACAUCUGCGCUUUUGUUCUUUUGUUGCCGUUGUCGUCACUGCCAACUUGCGUCAUGUAACUAUGCCGACCGCUUGCCGAAUGUGUGUGUGUGCGUGCGUGCGUGCGUGCGUGUGUGUGUGUGUUUGCAUCUUGUUGACUGACCUUCACGCUGCCAUGAUCACCAUCCCAUACACAUGAUGAUAGUUUGAG